GAAGCAAAAGCCUCUCUCCCUACACCAACCAAACGCCUCUCUUCCGACCAUGGAAACCCCUCCAUCAUCGUCAAUGGACCUGGGCCUGGAAAUAGCCCACGCCUUCUUCACUCCCAUCCAGCAAUCAUCACCUCCUUCCUCCAACAAACGCCACACCAAGGUCUCCGUCGUAGGAGCUGGCAACGUCGGCAUGGCCAUUGCCCAAACCAUCCUCACCCAAGAUCUCGUCGACAUCCUCGCCCUCGUCGACUCCAAGCCCGACAAGCUCCGCGGCGAGAUGCUCGACCUCCAGCACGCCGCUGCUUUCCUCCCCCGCACUCGCAUUCUCUCCGCCGUCGACUUCUCUGUCACCUCCGACUCCGAUCUCUGCAUCGUCACCGCCGGCGCCCGUCAGAUCCCAGGCGAGUCGCGACUCAACCUCCUCCAUCGGAACCUCGCACUCUUCAAGGAGAUCAUCCCGCCUCUGGCUCGCCACUCGCCCAAUUCCGUACUGCUGAUCGUCUCCAACCCGGUCGAUGUGCUGACUUUCAUCGCGUGGAAGCUGUCCGGGUUCCCAUCGAACCGGGUCAUCGGGUCAGGGACGAAUCUCGACUCGUCCCGAUUCCGCUUCCUCAUCGCCGAUCAUCUGGACGUUAACGCGCAGGACGUGCAGGCGUAUAUAGUCGGGGAACACGGAGACAGCUCGGUAGCGCUGUGGUCGAGCAUAAGCGUUGGGGGAGUGCCAGUCCUGAGCUUUCUAGAGAAGCAAGAGAUAGCUUAUGAGAAGGAAACGCUGGAGAAGAUCCAUAAGGCCGUGGUGGGGUCCGCCUACGAGGUCAUCAGCCUCAAGGGCUACACAUCGUGGGCCAUCGGUUACUCCGUGGCCAGCCUAGCCAGGACCCUGCUCCGUGAUCAGCGCCGGAUCCACCCCGUUUCCGUUCUCGCCAACGGCUUUUACGGAAUCGAGGACAGCAGCGGUGGAAAUGUGUUCUUAAGCUUGCCAGCUCAGCUUGGGAGAGGCGGGGUGCUGGGCGUGACUAACGUGCACCUGACAGAUGAGGAGGCGCAGCGGCUCAGGGAUUCUGCCGAGGCUAUAUGGGACGUCCAAAACCAGCUUGGGAUCUGAUGAGCAGGGCGGCGUGACCAGCGACCUUUUGACUCCAAGGGGUGCCUGUUUUUCUUCCUUCCUGUUUUUGGUCUUGAAGACAGAUGCUGGUUUUGCCUUAAAUUACAUUACUACCCUUAUUUCAGCUAACACAAAUGGAAUAGUCCAGCUCGCGUUUUAGAACUGGAUCUGGUGGUGGGUUUCAUUUUGGAUGGGUCAUGGCCUAGGAGCCGUGGAAACUGGUUGUGAGACCAUCGAAUUUGCUGGUUGAAUGUGUGCCGUGGAUCUGUUUCGAACCGUCUAUUCUUUAUGCAAACCACUGGUCGGAUUAGUAUCGCA